GUUCACUGUUGUUCGUCAAAUAAAUUCGAAGCGGAACGAAAGAAGUGUGCAAUUUUAUGUCCUGCACUACCAGGCGAGGGGCGCAAUAUUUGAACCGAGCUUGCGCAAAAAUUGUCGAAAUAUCGUUGUCAUCGGUGUGACGUUCGCUAUAUCGUCGUCGUCUUGCACGUUUUCAGCGCGACUGUCAUAUGCAGAGCCCCCCGCCAUGGAUGAGGUUGCUUUUUCCGAUCGUCCUGGUUGCGUACUUCGGAGUUGAGUCGCAAUGGCGGGGAAGCAAUUGCCGCCAGGAGACAACUUUCGACCAGCAUCCACCCAGCAUCUUGUUGCGAAGAAGCAGGAGCGUCCGGACGUUAGCGCCUACAGAAGGAGGCUUUGUUUUGUUCGACUCGCCUCGGAAAAAAGCUGGAACUGCAGGAGCUUCGCAAGUGGUUCAGAGGGCGAAGCACGCGGAGCUGGAUGAGAGCUCAAGACAGGCGGAAAAAGCUGGAGCAGCUGGGACUAAAGUGGACUCUCCAGAAGCGAAAAGCGAUGGCGUGGGCAAGACCGGGUCAUCUGCUUCCAUUGAGGAAAGAACGAAGGCCGCAGUCGAGGAGAAAGAUGAGCUUGCCGAGAAAAAUAAAUCUAGUCUGGAUAGUACACGCACAGCUGCAGCUACUGCCAUACCGGUUGUACAUCGACGGUCCGGGGUUGCGUCUUCUCUACGAAAGAUGAAGGGAAAGGGUAUCUACGACAAGUUCCCGGCGCACUUUGAGGUUACCAGCUACGACUCGUUUCACCGUUCCGCGUCCACGUCACGAAAAGCCACAGACGACGGCGUGCAGGAAAAAAAAGUGUCCUUCGGCAUCGUUUUUCCGUUCCACGGGACGAGAAAGCGGGUGGCCGUCGCUCAGAAAGCAUGGAUGAGCCUGGAACGCGCGAUGCGGUACGCGGCCAUGCGCAACCCGACGUGGACGUUCGAUGUGGUGCUUGUGGACGACACGCAGGAAAGCCACUCGGAACCGGACUACCUCCAGUCAGACUCUCUAAAGGACGAUUACGGGGUGCGUGAGGGUCUGGAAGCGCACAACCUCUUCAGCGCGGUGGAACCAGCAUCUACUUCCGGAAGUGCGGCGGCCCCGAUUCAGCCGUGGCGCGCUGCAAGCGAAACGAUCAGGACGCUUUUCCGCCUGUUUCCCGGGAACGAGAAGGUUCGCGCCACGAUGUACACGACCAUGCCAUUGCUGAAGCUGAAAAAGAGCAAGGCGAAACCGAAAGCCGCACCACCGCCCGCCCCUGCUGCAGUUCCGGGCCCACUGCCGGUAACAAGUGUAGCUCUGAUCAUUUUUCCUCUGGUCACUUGACAAUUCUAUUCACCAGCCUAUCACGAGUAAGAGAUUUUCGGUCGAACUCUCAUGGAUUUCAGGACUCACUUGCCUGAUCAGGUCAGGUUUCCAUCGUGGCGUAAAAUUUUGCACCAAUCAGGUGGUGGGAGUCGCAAGGAAACCAGCAAGGAGGCAGCUCACCGAGGACGAUGAGGCUCCGGUGUUCAAGCAGGCACACAGUGCCCCCUCGAACGUAGUCAUUCGUCCGCGUGCACCAGGAGUACCAUCCGCGGGCAGCCAUCCCGCUGCGAUGGCGGCCGCGGCCCCAAGUGCGAAACCUGUUGUGCGAGUGGUGCAUCCCAAAGAGCUGGCGGGCACCGUCCCGACGAUUGUGCAGCGCACUACGAGCAGGAACCACGAUGCCAAGGUAGUCCUAACGCCUACCCCAAUGGUCGCAGCGACGGCACCGAGCACAAGACCCCCUCAGUCCAGCAGCCCCGCGGCUUCGCACACAACUACCGUUCUUUCCGCGUCGGAAAUCGAUGAGAAGCUUGGGACGGCUUUGCGCUCGGAUCAACACACAACGGCGCCUCCGGUUGUAGGGGUUGCUAUCACGUCGACCACAACGCUCGAACCCACGACGACCGCGGCACCCACGACCACCACGCCCGCGCCUGCCACUUUGAUCCCGCCCCCGGAUCCGAAUGAACCGGGUGCAAAGCACGUGGUCUGGGAAACGCAGGACGACGACUUGGCGGAGGAACAAAGAGUAGCCGACCUUGCCUACCACAGCGCCGCAAUACAGGUGGUGCUCGCGACGCGUUCGCAGUCUUGCGACUGGCCAUCCCCCACGGACAGCACGGUCCCAGAGGAGGCAAUAAAAAGUAAGACGGAAGCACCCCUGGCCGAAGUUACGGCUGAGCUGAAGCGUACCCCCGGGAGCGACACUCUUCAAGUUGUUCCCGCGAGCGAAACAACCACUGCUGCACCCGCGGUGGCUACUACUGUCGCCCCUGGGCCUGCCGUUGUAGCUGCGGGAACAACUACCGUGACGCCGCCCGGUGCUCCGGCUCCAAAGAGGCGGAUGCAGAACGACUUCGUGGGGCUGUAUGACCUGAUGGAAUCAUUUGCUUCCCCUCCAAUUAUGGCAACACCGACAACAUCAAACAGCUCUAGUCCCGGAACUCAUCAGCCUGCGCUCGUUUUGGAAGCAGAAAUGCUAGAGAAAUUUUGGAAUUGGAACAGCAGCGACACAAGAACAGAGGGAGUUUCGGAACCAACGGCACCGGCUCCAGUCUCGCCACCUUCCGGUGAUGUCUCGGCGCUACCUCUUGCUGCUUCAAUCGGGUCCGUAGUCGCUGCAUUUGUCGGAAUUGUAAGGACCGCUUUCGAGGCGUUAGGAAAUCUGUUCGACCACUUCGAGGACCAUUCUCCGUCGAUUUCGCAGUCGGAGACGAAGGGAAAUAGCUCCAGUACUACUCGUACCGCACCCGCUGGCAGUAACACCGCGAAUGGUGCACUAGCGCUCGCGUCGCUUCUCGAAGACAGAACAACUGAUGGUUCUUUUGGGUCCUCCCCAGAACCGCCCCGGCGUCGCCUCGUCCCCACGAAUGCCGUCGCGGGGCCCGGAGUAACGGUAGAGGAGAACUAUCAAAUCAAAUCUGCGGUACUGAGCAAUAGCCAGAAGAUCGCGGUGUGUCAGGAACGAAGUCUAGUCCUCCUAAAGGCAGAAGACUUGAACGCCUGGGAUGCUGCCCGCGUUGGCAGCACGAAGCCCCCCCGUACGCGGCAGUACUCGCGGCGGCUACUGCCGACCGGCUCCGGGUUGCAGCAAAGCGCGAAACCUGCAAUUUUCGAAAACGCUGCGGCGCUCUACAUGGGCAGUCCGACCGAGUCCCCCCCGCCCGAGUCCAUAGCGAAUCACCGCCUCGUUGAGCUGAGGCCGCGCGUUUUGCUGUUCACGAACGAGACCGCAAAGCUUCCGGGCAGAAAAACCUCUCCGCACCAUCGUGGAACAAAAGACCCCAGUAGAGGGCCAGAAAGUAAUCAGGAUUUGGAUCUGUCUGUGCGCCUGCACGUCUGCCUCCCACGCGCAGGUUGCUCGGUUUCCGGCAGCAUUUCUUCGCAUUUGCGCAACGGGUUCAAAACCCUACUGUUCGGGUCCAGUGAAAAAUUGGGACGGAAGCGCGCGCUGUACACGAAACACAUUGCCGAGGAUAGCAGCGGGAGAGACCUGAUGGCGUCUCUGGAUAAAGAAUACGUGGAGACGCAGGGCGAGUAUCUACGCAGUUACCAGGAGCAAGAAGAUCGGAUUGAAAAUGCGAAGGCGAUUGGAGGUAAGAGCGAUAAUCCAGAUGCUGGGUCGACGAAACCUUCGGAAGUUAAGCAAAAUAACGGAGCAGGAGAACAAGAUAGUAACACAAAGCCCGGGAUGGCACUUUACUAUCGGGAUGAGACAGAUUUGGAUUUCAUUCUGAAUUUGGACUCGGAUCUGCUGGUGGAUAAGGAGUAUUUCGUCAAUUUGGAACGGCAGUUUUAUUUCCAGAAGCUUCUGUUCCCGGACAUUUUCGGCAAGGAGAAAAAGGCAGCAAUAGAGAAGGACAAGAAGAACCAAAAGGAAGCCAAGAAACUGAAGCUCGAGGAGGACACGGCGAUUGCGCGGAUCCAGCGGGAACAGGCCCAGAAAGCCCGCAUCGAAGAAAACGCGAAGCGCAUCGUGCAAGCGCAGAAGGAGGCUGCGGAGCUAGCAAGGCAAAAGAAUGCACACAUGAACGCGGUGGUCGUCGUGCAAGGUCCGUCCGGGAAGAAAGUGGCAAGUGUGACGCGAACUAGACCGCAACGAAACCGACGGGCACUGAGUGAAAAGGAAGCAGCACCUGCAGCUGAGACCAAUGCCACUGCUCCGGCGGCGGCACCUGUCGUAGAGACGAAGGCAAGUAGAUCUUUGCAAGGCACUGCCAACGACGACCCAAUACCGCACCACGAGCUGCCGUAUCACCUGCAGCCGAAGACCCGCGCGCCGGAGGAUCAUGCCCCUGUGGGCGAAGCACCGGACAACUCAUCCGAGUUCUCAGCCGAGGAAGCUAGCGAGAUGGAGCGCAGGGGGGAGCUUCUUAUGGCCCGCGAAGCGGACAAAACGUACUACGGCACGAUCUUCAGCACAUACGUCAGCAGCUUCCACGGCAUCUUCGGUGGGGCGUCCUACGCGUUUGAUCUGCGGACGUAUGAGAUCUGUUUGCGUGCCUCGAUGAACACGCGUUUUCUGGAGCGGUACGUCACCAGGCUCGACUACCUGCACAACCGCUGGGUCAAAAAGCGUCUGGCCAUGAAGAAGCGCGUCCCACUGAGACUACGGACUCGCGUUCUCCCCGGCUCGAAGCCGACGCUGCCUUGGGAUUCAGCGCUCAUGGAGCGAUGCGAGGAAAGCAAGGCUCAUCUCCACGGGGCGCGCAACCGAACCACCGGCACGCAGGCCUCCUGGACCUAUCACGUGUACAGCAACGAGGGCCUACACCCGGAGAACGAGGAGCGGCCGGCUGAUUUUCAAGGGGCGGACUGGUUCAACAUCGCCCUUGCGACGCAGCCGGUUGAGACGCACAGUUUCCCCUUUCUGUGAUUCGCAUGAAGAAGAGGCAACCUACUUCUGCUGUAUUGGCCCAUCACCAUCAUGGGUUGUUGCCCGUGAUGCUUUUCAUUUUUGCAAUUUCGAAUGGAGCGCGACCUGUCCCUGCGUGAUGCGCAAUCUAUUCUGUUUGCAAACAUACGACCUCUUUUACGCAGUCGAUGCCGCGCCUGGUACAAAUAGGCAGAGAAAGAAGUGUACACGAAUUGCUGCCACACGACUCCGGACGCCUCGAGCGCAUCAACACCAAGAAAGUCACAGUCUCUCACUUUAACCUGCGUUUGCAGCGCUUGUAGUUCCAAACAACAACAAGUUCGUUAUUGACGCACUCGAUGC